GACGAGAGAGCGACUGGGCGGUCUAAGAAACGAAACUAAAAACAAUGGGGAAGACAAGUAUGGGAACGAGCUAACUAUAGCAGCAGCACGGCCUUGUGAGUCGUUAUGACUACAGGACAACACGAUGCAACGAACGGGCUCUAUGGGUGUUGCUGAAUGAGCGACAGCCGCUUGAUCCAUCUUCUUUACUUACAGUACAGGUACGGACGCCAACAGCCUACCUUUGUGACUUCCUCCUAUGUUCCCCUUGCUGCCCGGUAGCUAUAACUAUUACAAGCACAGUAAUUAACUUAGCAGCCAGUGUUAACUUAGAGCCCAGAACCCCCAGCUCACUAUCUACGGUAUCACAGUGGGGGAUGCGACGGGCAGAUGCGCUAAGAUAGGGGACAUGCUUCACAAGGCGCUCUAGGCCUUGCUAUCGCUCCCGCCCCUUGCUGAAGCUUGUUUACACGAUGACAGGUCGCCAGGGGCUGAGUGCAUGCAUGGUUGUAUGCAUGGAUACUUGACUUUGUGCAUACGGAAGUUAUACGGGAGGAGGAGCCUUGACAUGUUGUCAUGCAUUGGCACAUCGAUAGUUUGAAUGCACCAACAAACAAUAACAAAACCAACAAACUUGAAAAAGGAUAGGCUCCUGGUCGACAUGGAUUUAGCGCAAUUUACAGCGCUCAACAGGGGAGUAAUGCACCAGCAGGUGCACCAGAGUCGAUAUGCUUCCAGCAGCCCUCGGCGGGCCAAUCACACCGGCCCCAGCACUGGCGUGGUCGAGGAAUUGGCUGCUGCUUCACAAUACAACUCAACCUCCGAUCUGGCACGGCACGCGCUAUGCUGCAUUGAGGAAUCCGAGCCUGUCAAAUCUGGUGCCAAACAAGGAACCAAGAGGAGAAAAAUGACACACUGGAUGAUCCGGAUGGGGCAAGGUAGUUCCACAAGCAUUUCAUUGAAUGGGGAGUUGUAUGUUGGGAUGGAUGAAUAGCUCGACUGCGUGUGGAGCAGAUUCUCGAUUAUAACGCAGUUCAGCCACUAUCAUUCCGCGCAUCACAGCGCGAUAUGCUGCUAAUCUACUCUCAACAAUCUAAACAGUUCCGACUCAGGCAACUUGCGAGCCUCUCGAAGGCUAAAGCGCACGCCUCCUCUGAGCUGUUCUCUCGAUAACGUCACCUCUUCGACUUUGGACUGGCCCUUGUUUGCUGUUAUUGUUGCUGUAUCUGUGGUAUGGUUUGGCAUUGGUUCAAAUUCCACCGUCCGCCUGCGAACCGAGAUGUACUUUAAAUGCAGCGUCUCCAGCAUAAAAAACGGUUCCGCACAUUCGUCAAGCACUGGCCGCAACUCGCCAUGUACAACGUCAAUGCCAUGUAGUCGCAGUGUCUUUAGUGUGUUUCGUCGAAGUAGCAGCACCAGGUCAUCCUCAUAUACGCGCAGCAGGUAGAGCUGGCACGUCGUCAAAUGUGGGAGUCGCGCUGUUGAAAGAUAGUGAAUCACUAUCUCGCUCGUGUAGUCCAUCUCACCAGAAGGCCGGACAUCAGUAAGGGCUCUGUUUGCUCCAAUGGAAAGCGAUGUUAUAUUUUGCGCCAAGUCUAGCAGCGUCGACGCAUGAAACGUUAGCUCAUCCAGCAGUGGCGGUGGGCGGCGUAGCGAAGCUGUCUGACGAGGGCCUUGCUGCAAAGGUGUUGUAUAUUGCUCCCCGUCGGCUGUUAUAUCCAGUCUUUCCUCACUCAUUGAAAUGGUUGGAAGCUCCAGGCUUUCGAGAUAUUGAAACGCCUCGGAUGCUCCGUAGAAGUCGCUGAAUACCUCUUGCAUUUGGCUAUCCACCGGUGUCUGUUUCCAGAGGCUACGGCACGACAUAGGAGAAAGGUGCCGCACUGCAAUCCCACUGGCAGCAAUGGCGCAUAAUAUGGCAUUGUAGACAUCGGCUGCUGCGUCUUUGCGAUCACAAGUCGCAACACUUACGUUGCGACCAUAUCGAAGGUAGGUGUCGUAGUCAAAUGAUGACACGCAGAGCUGCUCUAGGCGAGAAGCUGGGUUCUUUUUGGCAAUGUUUUCAAACGCCUUGGUUAGAAGCUUUGUCAAUUUUCCGCUAUCCCGUGCGAGAUUGUAUUCAGCGACUGUCUGCUGCUUGCUGGAUGCCAGCUCCUCUACAACACGACGUCGCCCGCACGCAUGGUAUCCUAGAAACGAAGGCCCGCUCAAGGUGAGAUUUUGUAUCUUGCAAGCCAAUUCGCCCUUUUCAGUAACAUUUGCCAGGCGUUCCAGCCCGCUCGGAGUAAAUGCAACAGUCUUUGUGGUGAAGCUGUCCUCAAAGGUCGGCGUGACGACCCCGCGGCUCAGAGUCCUGCUUGAGCAGCGUAAGCUGUGAAAGUCUUGCUGCUCCAACCGCGAUGUAAUGGCCGACAAGAUGUCCCAUGGUAACCGUUCAAUAGCUGCCAUGGCAAGCAGCAGAAAAUGAGAGCCGACAGGGCAGUAAUUGUCGAUG